AUGUCAAGAAGGAGUCAACGAGGAAAGAUGUGGGCGACCAAGCUGCUGAAUUUGGACAUAAGGACUGCCCAAGAAAAGAGAGUAAUGAAUCUCCAUGAACUCGAGGAGAUACGGCUAGAGGCUUAUGAUAAUUCGAGGAUCUACAAGGAAAUAACCAAGGCUUUUCACGACAAGAAGAUUCGACACAAGGAUUUAAAAGCUGGAGACAAAGUCCUUUUGUUCAACUCGAAGCUUCGGAUAUUCCCUGGGAAGCUCAAGUCUAGAUGGUUAGGACCUUUCGAAAUUAAGGAAGUUCUUCCCUAUGGAGCAGUCACUCUGCUAGGUAAAAGUAAGAAUGAAUUCACUGUGAAUGGGCAAAGAGUAAAGAAAUACAUGGCAAAUGAGAGCACAGAGGUGUAA